CCUGUCUGGCUCAGUUGAUCUCAGGGUCGUGAGUUUGAGGCCCACGUUGGGGUAGAGAUUACUAAAAAAUAAAUAAACUUAAAGAAAGAAAGAAAAUAAACACAGUGAUAACUCAGCUUGCUUUGUAGAGUGCCCAGACCCUGAGCAUUGCAUCCCCAGAGUGGGUCCCACACCCCGUUGGGAUGUGGGUGUUUCACUAUGAUUCUCAUUUCAUGCGUGAGAAAACAUACUCAGAAAAGCAAAUUCCAUGUUUUCAUCCAACAAUCCUUGAGGCCAAGGAGUUGGCCUUGUCUCAGAGGCCACAGUGAAGAAGCGGAAUAAAGGAAGGUUGCCAGGUCUCCUGCCCACUGUUGCCGGCUCUGCCUUUCUGGGCCUGAACUUCAGCAGCCAUGUUAGCUCCUGGGUCCCACGAGGUCCUGGGGGCACCAGGGGUCUUGUCUGAGAACGUGAGACUCCAAGACACUUGUUCGUGCGUCUGGACCAGUCUGGGCCUCAUAGCAACCAGGGGUUUGAUGUGGACUCCUGGGAGCAGUCCGCUUUCAUUGCCUGAUCUAGGAAGCCCUGUGGUGUCGGGGCGGUGGGGAGGGGUCCAGUAUUACUGCUCUUCCUCCCAAAGUCAUACGUACAGUCCAAAGUCAUGGACCACCUCUUCUCUGAAGCCAGAGCCCAGCUCAGCCUGGACGGGGAAUCUGGAGGGGAAGUUCCUCUGUCAGAAGAUGCUGGGGUGUGGGAGUGGGGGCCAGGAUUUUGAGGGGCUUCUUGGUCUAGGAAUUAGCAAUUACCUGUGCUUCGAUUUCCAGGUGACCAUGAGGCCAAACUGGGGUCUCCUCUAAUGGGGUUGUGAAUUGGGAGAGGGUAUGGGAGUCUAGUCCCUUCCCUUCUGCAGGGUUAGGUCAACCUCCCCUCUGGCCUCCCCCAUUAUUUGUCUCUCCAGGCUCUCUUUCUGAGAGGACCCCAAAGAAGGAUCUUGCUGACACCUUGUCUGAGAGGCCAGAGACUGAAGCGAUGCAGUGAAUUCUGAAGGCUAAGAAACAGAGGACAGGUCUUUUGGUUUUUAGAUCUGGAUGUGAAUUCCAGGUUCACCCCAUCUGGCUGUGGGACGUUGGGCAAGCAGUGCAGCACGCUGAGAAGCAGUUUCCCUGGGUGUUCAACGGCUCCUUCUGCGCAGUCCGUUUUGAGGGAAACGUUCAGGAGGGAGGCGGUAGGUCAUCGCAAUUUCCCAGGCGAGACAAGCAGGCUCAGCCCGCGGAGCUGGGGACAAAGGCAACUCCAAGGGUGGGUCAAAGGGCGCCUGGGUCCGUUCCCAGCCCUGGCUUCUGCGACCACGGCACGCAGCGGCGUGAGCGACUCCACCGGGCCGCACGCCUCGCGUCCCGAUCCCGUCGGGUCCCGCAGGGCGGACACACCCGGCGCCAGGGAGGGGGCGGGCGCGGGAAGGGGCGGGCCCUCGGCUGGGCCGCGAGGAGCGCGGAGCAGCGUGGGGAGCGCGGCCGCCAGGGGAGGUAGGCCCGGGCUCGCAGCCGGGCGCGGGAGUCCAUCCGGCGGGCAAGGAACGCAGGCGGCGCCAGGGGCAGCCGGGCGAGCGCCGGGGCUUCGGCGGUGCGGGGCGGUAGGCGGAACAGGAAGGCACGCGCGGCGCAGCAGCUUCGCCCGGCGCGGAGAGGGGGCUCCUCCUCGGCCUCCCCCUGGCAGUGCCCCCCCACCCCGCCCCAGGCGCCUGCAGAGGACACGUAUCAGCACGUUCCCGCCGUUGUCGUCUCAUCCCAUGUCAUAGCCCCUCCCCGAGGCCUGGAACACCCCCCCCCUCCGGGCCCCAUUAUCCCCAGGCCCAACCUCCCACGCUGACCCGAGGUCCCGGCCGGGUCCCCUCUUCACAACCGGCCGGUCUUCCCGGACAGCGAGCGCCCAGGCCCGGCCCCCAGCCGAAGACGCCUGUCAGCACGUUCUCACCCCUGUCGUCUCAUCCCUCUGCCUAGCUCCACCCCGGGCCUGGGAACCCGGGUCCCUUUGGCCCAUUGUCCCUGGGCCCAGCUCCGCGCUGACCGCAGGCUCGGCCCUAGCCCCUGCCGGGCGCGUCUCCCCCGGCAACGCGCCGCAGCCACCCGGGAUGCAGCCCGCCGGCUGGGCGGCCGUCAGGGAGGCGGCGGGCCGCGACGUGCUGGCCGCCGACCUCCGGUGCAGCCUCUUCGCCUCGGCGCUACACAGCUACAAGCGCGACUCGGUGCUGCGGCCCUUCCCCGCGUCCUAUGCCCGCCACGACUGCAAGGACUUUGAGGCCCUGCUUGCAGAUGCCAGCAAGUUACCCAACCUGAAAGACCUUCUCCAGUCCUCUGGAGACAAAGACAUACGGGCCAGGGACCUGGUGAGCUGGAUUUUAUCCUCAAAGGUCCUGACGAUCCACAGUGCAGGGAAGUCAGAGUUCGAAAAGAUCCAAAAGCUGACUGGUGCCCCUCACACGCCUGUCCCCGUGCCGGACUUCCUGUUUGAAAUUGAAUACUCCAACCCAGCGAACGCCAAAUUUUAUGAGACCAAAGGAGAACGAGACCUAAUCUACGCCUUCCAUGGGAGCCGCCUCGAGAACUUCCAUUCCAUCAUCCACAAUGGGCUGCAUUGCCACCUGAACAAGACGUCCUUGUUUGGGGAAGGCACCUACCUCACCAGUGACCUGAGCCUGGCCCUCCUUUAUAGCCCCCAUGGCCUCGGAUGGCAGCGCAGCCUCCUCGGCCCCAGCCUCAGCUGCGUCGCUGUGUGUGAAGUCAUUGAUCAUCCAGAUGUCAAGUGCCAAACGAGGAAGAAGGAUUCCAAGGAGAUAGAUCGCAGGAGAGCGAGAAUCAAACACAGUGAAGGGGGAGACGUGCCCCCGAAGUACUUUGUGGUCACCAAUAACCAGCUCCUGCGCGUGAAGUACCUGCUGGUGUACUCGCAGAAGCAGCCCAGCAGCAGGCCUUCCAGCCAGCUGUCCUGGUUUUCCAGCCAUUGGUUUACGGUCGUGCUAUCCCUGUAUCUGCUGUUGCUGCUUAUUGUGAGUGCCAUCAAUUCCUCAGCUUUCCAACACGUUUGGAAUCGUGCAAAGAGAUAAUCCCUCUGGGCCUGGUGUGGGGGCCUCCUUGACCACGUGCCUUACAAUACAACCUGUUCUGUACCCCCCAUGCCCCCUGUCCAACCAGGUGGAGUCUGGGGACCAGCUGGGGACCACAGGACAAUUUUCAUAUGCCAUAAACGUAUUGAUUGCCUUUGAUGAUGCUCCCGGCCACACUCUGGUCAGUGGGGACCACAAGUCCCCUCACUCUGAGGUUUCAGGGGAGUCCUCCUGUCUGCUCCUUCCUAAACAAUCCUAGGGAGUUGGCUCUUCUGCCAGGGCCAAAGGAAAAAGUCCUGCUGCAUUUAAAAACAAAGUGUCCAAGCUGUCAGUGGUAUGUUUACAAUCGCUCCUGGCAGACGUUGGCCCUUUCUCUAAUGCCUUCUGGAAGGUGGAAUACGUGUAGUGGGGACUAUAAAUCACUAGGCGGUUGCCUUGUUUUGACUUGAGACACCCAAGAGGAACAGUCCUGUUUCUCAUAAAAAUCGGUGGGAUCGUUUCUGAAUUCCGUCAGCCUUUGUACGUGAGUGCAAAACAUUUUCACAGUUUUCCCAAAUCCACAAACAGCCUUCUGCUACAGCUGUUGCCCCCCUGCCCCAACCAUGGAUGAGAAAGGAAGGAGCUAGAGGCCUGAUAAAAAAGACAGACUUGACAAUGAGCAACUCAUGUCAUCUUUUUCUAAAAAUUACCAACUGCUGAUUACAGCUGAAAUGGAAACAUGUUUGUUUUCUGGUGUUGUUGUUGUUUUUUUUUAAUAGCUAUUUGACAAAUUCAUGUCUGGGAGCUGAGUAAAAGGGGAGAUUUCUAAACCUAGAGCACUCUUUGGCCAGUGCCUGUAGUCUCUUUCCUGGCCAUGUUUUAGAGAAAGGGAUUUGCGCCGCAGGCCUACGUCCUGUUCUCAUUCUCACGAAGCUGCCUUGAUUGUGGCCUUUGAGCCACAAGUGCCACGCCACAGGCCUUCUGUGGGCUGCCACAAAUGUGCAUGGACUGAGCCUCCCUUGCAGGGGUCGCAGGUCUUUGGGACUCAAGUUGGGCUUUGAAAGUGCAGAGAAGGCCUCUGGCUGCCCAGGGGAGCUGCAGUUGUCCUCACUGAUUCUCUGCCCUUCCUUCCUGCCCUGUUUCAGCCAUCAUGGAGCCCUGUCUGAUUUGGGGGGUACAUUUGUGUGAAGAAGGUGGAAAGUCAGUUUUCUAUAAUCUGUGAAGGUGCGAAAAAGCCACUAUCAUGGUUUUUACAUUGAAUAUGACAACAUUUCAAAAAUAAUAAAGGUAUUUUCCUAAUUA